ACACGUAUUGAACUACAAGUACCAAGCACCACACUGGAGCGUGGACUACAACUACAGAGGAAUCAAACCCUGAUAAACUACAUAUUUCAGCUGCUGGAGAAAGAGAAGAGACAGAGAGAAGAGAACCACAGAUCAUUGGUUCCCAGCUCUUCAACAACCAACCAGGACCCAGACACAGUCACCAUCACCAACCACACAGAUAAGUCAGACAUCAGCUGGAAGGUUCAUCUACAGAAGGAUCGGCUUCGCAUGUGUAUAAACCGCUUCAUAAGUUCUGUCCUUGGGAGGGGGAAUAUUGCAUCCCGGCCCGGCAUCCCCACGCUACGCCAGCGGGGAGAGAGGAUGUGGAGACAUAGAGCGACAGAGACUCUGUGUCCAGCUGGGUCAGAGCUUCUGACAGUGACUGGAGUUGUAGGAGGACGGGUGGUGAUUAAAUGUUCCUUCAACUCAUUAGACAACCACAUCAAGUAUUUCUGCAAGCGCCCCUGCUUAACUGAAUCAGAUGUUAUCAUUAAGACAAGGGUCAGAAAGAAUUAUUUUGAAGGAAGAUACAGUAUAAAUGACUUUGGAAAUGGAUACUUCAAUGUGACCAUCAAGGACCUGGAGAGGUCAGACUAUGGGACAUACUGGUGUGGAGUGGAAAGAGAUGGAGUAGACUCAUACCAAAAGGUGUAUCUCAGCGUUGAGGAAGCUCCAACCACUCCACCUGACAUCACCAGGACCAGUAUCCGCCCCCCUGUUACAGUCAGCAGGACAACUGAUGUCAUAUCAACAGAGGUGGGAAAAGCAACACUAACGACACCAACCGUGACUAAAGGAAGAACAACUGAUUCAAACAUUGAUGUACUGGUUUCUAUGGGGGCUGGUCUGGUGGUCGUGGUUUGUCUGUUGGUUCUCCUUCUCCUCAUAUUCCUCAGACAAAGGAACAGAUCAAAGACACAUACAGGAUCCUGCCCUUCCAAAAGGAAAACUUCCAAUCCCAUCUACUCCACCUCAGCCAAUCAGCACUCUGAUACACAUGACAUCAACUCUAACCAUGCCACAGCAACCAAUCAGUGUCAAGAUGACAUCUACUGCAACGUUGAUUCUUCUACAGAGGCUCUGGACAGUGUGAGCUACGCUACCGUGAACUUCCCCAGAGAUCCAUCCUGUCUCCAAUAUGAUACUGUUAACUUCCCCAGAGAUCCAUCCUGUGUCCAAUAUGAUACUGUUAACUUCCCCAGAGAUCCAUCCUGUGUCCAAUAUGAUACUGUUAACUUCCCCAGAGAUCCAUCCUGUCUCCAAUAUGAUACUGUUAACUUCCCCAGAGAUCCAUCCUGUCUCCAAUAUGACAGUGUCUCCUUCAGCAAAGACUCUGAUGUCAGUAACCAACCAGACAGUGUUACAUACUCCACUUUUAAAAGACAACACUCCAACCAUGAGAUGGUGACUUACUCUGCCAUAAAACCCAAAUGCUCACAAUGACAUCCACUACUAGUGUGUGUGUGUGGGUGUGUGUGGGUUUGUGUGUGUGGGUAUGUGUGUGGGUGUGUGUGUGUGGGUGUGCUUCUAUGUUUCUGUCAAAGUUAAGUUGAAUGAAAGGUCAUUAGAUUGGUUGAUUGGAGGGUCAUGUGAUUUUUAGACAUUCUGUUUCAACCCUCUUUUAUUCUGUGUCUGAGGCUGCUGACCACAGGAAGCGAUGCAGUCUGGAGGCUUAGGGGUUUCUUGUUGCAGUUGAUUUGCAUGUUUGCUGAGAGCACAUUAAUUGGUUGGAACACAGAAAGAUGGAGGAUGCAGGCUGCCUUCUGGACUGCAAUUAUUUCCUGUUUCCUUUUUUGCUGGUUUACAUGUGUUUAUUGUGGUGCAAUGGACAAUGAAAGCUUUCAGAAACCUUUGAGGCUUGCUUUGAAAAGCAUUUUAUCACUCAAAGCUAUUAAACUCAAUACACAGUAGUGACAUAUGCUGGUCAGAAAUAUAUAUUGUAUGUUUAAUGUUUAUGUAGAGGUCUUUUCCCAUAACAUUAUAAGACUUUGUGGCGUUAAAUGUGCCAUUGAAAAAGGGAAUUAGAAUCCGGGCUUGUGUGUGUGUUUAUAUCCUUUGGAAAACUGAGAGAAAUGGAAGAACAUGCCUUAGUUGAUAAACAUUAUAGAAAUAAUGUGGCUUGUGUCUUGGUCAUUGCUUUACAUUGGCUGCUAUAUUACAUGAUAUUGUUAACUU